AUGCUAUUCUCUCAAACCACCGUUAUUGCUAUUGCUAGCAUCUUAAGCAUUGCAUCGGCUCUUCCAGCAAAAAGACAAGCAGCGCCAACCGAUGCGGAUAUCCUCCAAUAUGCCUUGACGCUCGAACAUCUCGAGAAUGCAUUUUACAAGAAGGCUCUCAGUGAAAUGCCAGAACAAAUGUGGCUCGAUGCAAACUUCACCUCUUCCUUCUACACUCAAUUGAAGUAUAUUGCGCAUGAUGAAGAAGCACAUGUUGUCUAUCUUCAAAGUGGCCUCACCGCUGCAGGUGCUGCUCCUGUUCAAGCUUGUGAAUACAAAUUUCCAUUCACGGAUCCAAAAUCAUUCGUUGCUCUCGCUUCCGUCAUUGAGGGUGUCGGUGUUUCCGCUUACCUCGGAGCAGCAGCCGAUAUCACAUCAAAGGCAUACCUUACCGCAGCUGCUUCUAUACUUGUCACCGAAGCUUUGCAUCAAUCUGCCGAACGUAAUGCGAAUGGUGAAAUUCCAAUGGCCAAUCCUUUCGCCACACCCCUUGGAUUGAACGCCGUCUACUCCAUCGCGUCAUCCUUUAUCGUCUCUUGCCCAUCUACCAACGCUGCCUUGCCCGUAAUGGCCUACCCAUCCCUCGCCCUCAAGUCUGGCUUGCCUACUGCACCAGGCGCCAAUGUUGCCCUUGUACCAGAGACGGCCCCUUCCGGAACGUUCUAUACUACUUUUGUGAGCGGACUCGACACUAUCGCUGUUGAGAGCCAAGUCGGCAGUGACGGUUUAAUCAUGACUGCAGUUCCAAUGAACAUCUCGGGACAAAUUUAUGCCUUCUUGACCAAUGACAACUUUGGCACCUUAACUGAUUCCAACAUCAUUGCUGGUCCAGCUAUUAUUGAGGUUACACCUGAUUCGCCAACAUUCGACUUGUCAAUCAUUUAA